GUCUAUUAAUCGCUAAAAGGAGUGGCGGUUAACCUGAAAGACGCAGUGAUAAACGUGUGAAGUGUCAAUUGUACAGAGUGUAUUCGGCGAUGUGAUCGGAUCCCACAACGGCGACUUUAAUGGGCCCGGGACCAACGAUGUGAAUCGGACCAAAUUUGAAUGAAACUUUGUUUAUGUUCGUGACUUAUUUACUUUCCAUGAAAGAUGGCAGCUUCAAGGAUUCGAGGGAAAUCGGCAAAACGGAAUAAGAUAAAGGAGCUGCCACCACCGGAACCGAUAGCUAACGACGAAGGCGAACGUCAGUAUAAACUCGAAGACUUCGACAUUCACAAAACCGUCGGUACUGGAACAUUUGGCAGAGUUGUGCUUGUCAAAGACAAAAAAACUAAGACAUAUUUUGCUUUAAAAGUCCUGAAUAUAUCUGAAGUUAUUAGGUUGAAACAAAUUGAACAUAUUAUGAGUGAAAAGUCAAUUUUACAACAGAUCAAUCAUCCCUUCCUGAUAAAAUUAUGUUGGAGUCACCAUGACAACACUUUUCUGUACAUGUUAUUAGAAUAUGCCUGCGGUGGUGAAUUGUUCACAUUCUUACGUGACCAGGGACGUUUUAAUACGGCUAAUGCCUUAUUCUAUGCGGCAGAGAUAAUAACAUCUUUAGAUUAUUUACAUAAUCUUGACAUUGUGUACAGAGACUUAAAGCCGGAAAAUGUACUACUCGAUCGAGAUGGACAUGUUAAAAUUACAGACUUUGGAUUUGCUAAGAAGUUAGAAGAUAAAACAUGGACUUUAUGUGGUACUCCAGAAUACUUAGCACCUGAAAUCAUCCAAAGUAAAGGACAUGGAAUGUCUGUAGAUUGGUGGGCAUUAGGUAUUCUUAUAUUUGAAAUGCUGGUAGGAUAUCCUCCUUUUUUUGAUGACAAUCCCUUUGGUAUUUACGAGAAAAUUUUGGCUGCUAAGAUUGAAUGGCCACGACAUCUAGACCUGAAUGCCAAAGAUUUGAUCAAGCGAUUGCUGGUGAUCGACCGAACUAAACGACUUGGGGCUAUGAAAAAUGGAGCUGAAGAUAUUAAGAAGCAUAAAUGGUUUAAAGGAAUUGAUUGGGAGGAAGUCACAGAUCGUAAAUUAACUCCUCCAAUCAUACCUGAAGUACUGCAUGACGGCGACACACAGAACUUUGAUGAGUAUGAUGAAGAAGACUGGCAGAAUGCUGCUGAAGUUAGUGAAAAAGAUGUCGAGAUUUUCAAAGAUUUCUGA